CAUCGCUGUUCUGGUCAACAUUUUCAAAAAAAAAAAUAUCCGUUGAGCACUGAAUUAAAUGCUCCAAAUGCCAGAUUUUUGAAUUUUUGAACGUUGGAAACCUAAUCCUAUAUAUAUUUGGCCUCCUACUUACCUUCUUCUCACAUCUAAACUCAAUCUUCUUCAAUCUCCUUGCAUAUUUUAUCCUCUCUAACAUUCUUUUUGAGAUUUCUUCAUCACCAUGGCCAAAGAUAAGAAAAGGGCAGGAGCUUCCGGAAAAUCCAAGGCAAAAUCCCGGGCACCGGGCUACGACGACCUCGACGCGCAGCUUCAUCAAGCCGGCCUUUGGCCGUUUGUCUCCAGGGCACGCAAGGAGAUCAACCCGGCGCUGAUUCGGGCCUUCUACUCCAACCUCCGCCGUGAGGACGACGUGCUCUACUCACUCGUCAAGAGCACGCCGAUCGAGCUCACCGUGGAGCAGCUUGGGCGCAUCGCCGGCCUCCCCUUCCAAGGCGACGAUGUGUCACACUAUGGUGGAGAGGAUUGGGUGCUCAACAACGAGGGCCUUAUCCUCAACGAGCUUGGCAUCACCGAGCUCAAACGCCAUGCCUCAGGCUGCCCAACCAUCCACUCCGCCAAACCCGAAGGCCGCCUGGUCCUCUACAUCGUCACUCGAAUCCUCAAACCCAGGAAGCACGGCCACACCAUCAUGCACGGUGAAGACCUCAAACUUAUGCACGCAAUCAUGCACUCGGCCCCAAUCAAUUGGGCAAAGUUUGUCAUGAUCAACAUGACGAUUGCUGCGUCCACCGAGCACGACCACCUCCUCCCGUACCCGUUCUUGGUGAUGGACAUCCUUGAACGGUUCAGGCUAACCACAACCAUUGGCCCGCUCAUGAAGGCCACGAAGAUUUGGACAAUCAGCAACCAAACCUUCCUCAAGCGGUCGGACAACGCCGCAACUGCCACUGUCGCGCCACACCGCACUGCCACUGCCGCUGGCCCAGCCGGACCCCAGGCCCGAGCCAACCUUGCCUCCAUCGCCGACUCCCUCAACCGGCUCCACCUCAAGGUUGACGGGAUGGGGAGCUAUCUUGAACGGCUCGACGUGGCUGUUCAACGCCAAGGAUACGCCAUGAACGCGUACUUCCAAGGCAUCAACUACGUCCCGCCACCACUCCACGGCACCUUUCUCGGCGAAGUCUACGGUGAUGAAGACGAAGAGGAUGAGUCCUUCGCCCAGUCAAGCUCCCCGGACGAGGAUCAGUUUGACGAUGCCGUUGAUGGUGAUGAGAUGGACGUCGACGACGACGAGGAGGAAACAGAAGACGAAGCCUAGGACUACCCGAGCAUUUCUAUCUUUUGCUUAAAUUAUCUUUUUUUAUUAUGGUUCCGUUGUACUCCGCUAUUCCCCUUUAUUAAAUAAAAUCAUUUCAUUUAUCUUUUUGUUAAUGUCAAAAGGGGGAAGAAAAGGGCUAUGCAUAU